GUCAGCUGCUGUUCGGCGUGUGAUUAUUUCAUUUAACCUGCAGCCAUGAGCAUGCUCAGGCUUCAGAAGAGGUUGGCAUCCAGCGUCUUGCGCUGUGGAAAAAAGAAAGUAUGGCUGGACCCAAACGAGACAAAUGAAAUUGCCAACGCAAACUCACGACAGCAGAUUCGUAAACUGGUGAAGGAUGGUCUGAUUAUUAAGAAGCCUGUAACAGUUCACUCCCGUGCCCGCUGUCGCAAAAACACGCUGGCACGGAGGAAGGGCCGUCACAUGGGCAUCGGUAAGAGGAAGGGUACUGCAAAUGCUCGCAUGCCAGAAAAGCUGUGCUGGAUGAGACGGAUGCGAAUCCUGCGCAGACUGCUGAGGCGAUACAGAGAGGGGAAGAAGAUUGACAGGCACAUGUACCACACUCUGUAUCUGAAAGCAAAGGGAAAUGUGUUUAAGAACAAGCGCAUCUUGAUGGAACAUAUUCACAAGCUCAAAGCAGACAAGGCUCGCAAGAAGCUCUUAGCUGACCAAGCGGAGGCUCGCCGCUCAAAGACAAGAGAGGCUCGUAAACGCAGAGAAGAAAGACUGCAAGCCAAGAAAGAAGAGAUCAUCAAGAACCUGUCCAAAGAAGAUGAAACCAAAAAAUAAGCUUUCGCUUUUGUCUUUUGUGAGCUCUUCUCUGUUCCUGUGCUGUCUCAUCUGUUGAAACAAAGUGAUUAAAAUGAUGUGUCUUUUAAGAGCAAGUUGUUGCUCUACUUAAACAAGCUCACUUAAAUUAAUUAAAAAAUUAAUAAAUCUAGUGUUACAUUAAAACUGAUUUGAUAUAACAUGACAAGAAUAUGUAUUAUUGUAAGAUUAGUGUACAAUAAGAAUGUAAUGAUGCUGUUAUUCUUUGCCUAAAAAUCCAAAGAUCAACAGCUAAAAAAACUG